CCCUAUCAACGGGUAAAAAAGACCAAAGCUAAAACCGAAACAAAAGCCAACAGCCAAAGCCCCACAAACGCACACUCUUGAAGUCUCACUCCCGGUAUUCAGAAAGUAGAGUUCUUUAAUUUCUUCAAUAAUGGAUCGUCUUCAUCUCUCUUCCACCUUUCUUUCUCUCUUCUUUCUCUCUCUUUUCUCAGAAGUGAACCCAGCUUCUUUCAAGAUCGUCAACAAGUGCCGCCACACGAUCUGGCCUGGUUUUUUAUCGGGUGCCAAUACGGCUCAGCUUAACACCACCGGCUUCGUUCUUAAACCUGGCAACUCAAGAACCGUAACCAUACCCAGGUCGUGGUCCGGUCGACUAUGGGGUCGAACCCUUUGCGGCCUCGACUCCUCCGGUAAAUUCUUUUGCCUAAGUGGCGACUGUGGCUCUGGCCAAAUUGAAUGUUCCGGAAGUGGCGCUAAGCCACCAGCUACUCUCGCGGAAUUCACACUAAACGGUGCCGGGGGAUUAGAUUUUUAUGACGUCAGCUUAGUCGACGGCUACAAUUUGCCGAUGUUGGUCGUCGCCAAGGGAGGUAAAGGCGGGAACUGUAGCGCCACGGGUUGCUUAUUGGACCUCAAUGGCGCUUGCCCUACGGAGUUGCGUGUGGCGCGUCAGGAUGGUGGAGGCGUGGGGUGUAGGAGCGCGUGUGAAGCUUUCGGAGAUCCCCAAUACUGUUGCAGCGGGGCGUAUGGAACGCCUGACGCGUGUCGGCCAUCGGCUUACUCGUUGUUUUUCAAGCAUGCUUGCCCACGAGCGUAUAGCUAUGCGUAUGAUGAUGGUACGAGUACGUACACGUGUGCCGGCGCGGAUUACGCCAUCAUAUUUUGCCCGCCUCCUUACACCAGCCAAAAAGUGCUUGGUGCACGUAAAGAUGGUGCACUGCUACCACUUGUGAAUAAGAGUAUGAUAUACCUAUCAAGCUUACAUGCAAAUGGAGCUUCAUUAUCAGGUGUGCUCCAAGUGCAAUUUAUUGCCCGUGCGGCCUCUUCUGCCAUGGCUCUGUUCCUCUUUUGGCAACUUAUUUUACCUUUGUGACUAACAUUGGCCUGGACACUUCCAGGCAAGGAUUAGCAAGAUCUUGCUGAAGAGAGAACGUGCCAUCCUGAUCGCUGCUGUACCAGUUCUCUGCCUCACCCGAUGUUUAUUGCUGGACUAAAAUGAUUAGGCAACUUAAAAAUUCAGAUUGCCUACUGCUAUUGAGAUUUCACGUUUGCCAACAAAAAAUAUACAUAGCUAUCUCUCUAUGCUUAUCUUUUUUAUCUAUUGAUACACGGGUUCUAAAUUUUUACUGUCAAUCCAAUACAUGUAAGUUAUAGCAAGGUUGAAAUUCUGAGUAUCAGAAAUCGUUUUAUCACUUUAAUGAAAUUUGUUUCUUAGAACGGAUGAUUUUACAUUUUUAACUUGGAUGGCGGACGCAAUUCAAAUUCUUCUACGGAGAAUGAAACAAAAGAUUUGAGUGAAGAAAUAGACCCCAGUAGUCGGUGGGCUUCCUGCCCAUCUGGUCUGACCACACGUUUUAUUACUUCCCUGCUCAAGAGCUAUUGAAUGCCCAACUGGGUGCCGGGUUGCAGUGGAAUUUGACUGUUUGAUAGUAUAUCCAUGCAUGUUAAAUGGGAUAUGUAAAAGGAAUGGUCGAGGGGCAAAAAACUGGGAUGGGGUGUGGGGGACUUGAGUUGUUGAUCCUGAAGCUGAGCAAAUGAAUAUCUGACACUAAACUGAGUUCGUAUUCAAUAAUGGAAAGAGAUCCUAUCUCAUCCUUAAAGUUUAAACUGACAAGUGAAAAUGCCAUUAUCUCUAUCUCAAGUACUGUUUGCUCCCUGUGACUCUGUCUGUGAUGAGGAACCUGGCCUCACCCCACAUGGAGUUGGCUCCCCAUGCAAUUUGCUCACAUGUGCUGUAAGCAAGCAGUGACAAUAAUGGAAAUGGACCAGUGAACUGUUGGAUCCUUACAACUCUCAUCUUCAAGACUACCACAAGUAUUCCAAUGGGUCCAACGUUAUCCUUGCUUCAUUUAACACCAAAUAUGUCUGACAUACAAUUAACAAAACCACUACUCACUAUUAUAUUAUACGGGUUAGUUCCAUUAUGCUUAAAUUAACAUUUCUCAAGCCAAAGAAAGUGGAACUAUAGGCAUUUUGAAUCCACCACACUGGAAAGACACAAAGGAAAAAUAACGGACACUGUUAAAGGAUUUUUGGAUUCAAAUGGUAAAAUGAUUUUUUUUCUUGUUAGAGAUUAUCGGCAAACAACAAGUGGUAUUAUGUACAGUAUUAUAUCAACUCGAUUAUCUCAUCAACUUAUUUAAAGUUUUUUUUUUAAUACUUGAUUUAUCACUCCUUGAAAGGA